CAAAGCCGCUACACCGGGUUGGCAUUGAAGGUGAUAUGAGCUUGGAUGUUCUUCAUAGCCGACCUGAGUAUACUGCCUAAUAAUCAGAAAUGUGUAGAGCAGCAAAACCUUAGGAAAUUAAAAAACAGAAAAAGUACAGAAAAUCGCCAUCAGCGGCCGGAGUCUGAGAGAGCGUGGUACAGUAUGUCAUGCUCUCUGGGUGGGUUGGGUAGGUUGUGCUCUGUUUCCUCAUUACUCCUGUUGUGAUGAUGGGAGGCACAGGUAUCUGUUGGCUGAUGUAGCAGAGCUGGGAACUAGCAUUUUCUGCAGUUGGAAAAGAGGUGGAGCCUGACUUCACAUGUAUGACAGGAUACAUGCACUGGUCUUAUCACUCCUAGUGUCAGGAACAUUGCAGGGAAAGGGAGAUUAGGUAGCCUCCAAAUUUCAAAUUUAGUAGGAAAUUGGGUCAAAUUAGCUAAUUUGGUCCAAAUUUGGUCCAAAUUUGGGUUAACAUUAGGUAAGUGGCCUUUCACAUUUGGUUGCAAAUGGGGUAAAAUUGGGCCAUUUGCAUUCAAAUUUGGUAGAAAAUGGGGUAAAAUUUAGUAAUUGGCCUUCCAAAUUUGGUACAAAAUUGGGUAAAAAUAUGCUAUUGGCCUUCCACAUUUGGUUGAAAAUGGGGUAAAAUUGGGUAAUAAGCUUUUUAAAUUUAAUUGAAAAAUUGGGUCAAAUUAGGUAUUUGACAUUUUAAAUUUGGUACCCAAUAGGGUAAAAUUAGGUAAUUGCCUUCCACAUUUGGUUGAAAAUUGGGUAAAAUUAGGUAGUUGGCAUUUCAAAUUUGGUAGGAAAUUGGGGUAAAAUUAGGUAACUUGCAUUUCAAAUUUGGUAGACAAUGGGGUAAAUUUAGGUAAUUGACCUUGCAAAUUUAGUAGGAAAUUGGGGCAAAUUUGGUAACUGGUCUUUAAAAUUUGGUUAAAUAUGGGGUAAAUUAGGUAAUCUGCAUUUCAAAUUUAGUAGAAAAUGGGGUAAAAUUAGGUAAUUGGCCUUUCACGUUUAGUUGAAGAGAAUUAGGUCAUUUGCAUUUUGAAUUUGGUAGAUUUUUUUUUUUAAUUAGGUAAUCGACCUACAUUUAGUAGGAAAAGGGGGUAGAACUAGGUAAUUGGCCUUUCAAAUUUGGUUGAUAAUGGGGUAAAAUUAGGUAAUUGACCUUGCAAAUUAGUAGGAAAUUGGGGCAAAUUAGGUAACUGGUCUUUAAAAUUUGGUUAAAUAUGGGGUAAAAUUAGGUAAUUGACCUUCAAAAUUUAGUAGGAAAUUGGGGCAAAUAUGGUAAUUGGCCUAAUUUUAAUUAGGGUAAAUUUAAUUAUUUGGUUGUUUAAAUUUAGAAGAAAUUGGGGUAAAAUUUAGGUAACUGACAUUUCAAAUUUAGUAGAAAAUUGCGUAAAAGUAAGUAAUUGGCCUUCCCAAUUCGGUAGAAAUUGGUGUAAAAUUAGGUAAUUGGCCUUCCAAAUUUAGUAGAAAGGAUAAAAUUUCAUAAUGUGCAUUUCAAAUUUAGAUGAAAAUGGUGUAAAACUGGGUAACGGGCCUUCCAAAUUUGGAACAAAAUGGUGUAAAUUAUGUAAGUGUCCUUCACAUUUAGUUGAUAAUGGGGUAAAAUGAGGCCAUUUGCAUUUAAAAUUUGUUUAAAAAAUGGGGUGAAAUUAGUUAAUUGGCCCUUAACAUUUGGUAGGAAAAAGGGGGGAAAUUAGGUAAUUUCAGUGCAAUAUACUGAUAGAGGGAGCCGCAGAUAGUGUCGAGAGGGAAAGUAUAUAAAAACAUCAAUGCUUUACUGGUUUUCUGGUUUACUGGUUUUCUGGGUUACUGGUUUCUGCACAUCUCUGUCUUUAUUAUAAAGCAAAUCAAUCACAGCUCAGUCCUCAAUAGGCUACACCAGUGGUUCUCAAACAUUUUGUAUGAGAUACAGUGAAAUAGCAGUACAGUGGAACAAUACAUUUUCCAUAGGGUUACUUCCUGUUCAAAGAUUGCUCCAUCCUAAACUAGGAUUGGGUGUUUUAGAUGUCAUGUGAUUUGAUGACAGGUUGCCACAGCUUGUGGUGUUACCCCAUAGAUUUAUUCAUUUAUUGAUUUGUUGGUUCUUUUUCAAAGCUUGACUCUUGACCUGCCCACAAACUUAAAUAUAUUCUGGCACAUUUCAUGUAUGACCAGUAUGCUAAUUCUUUACAAUCAAUGGGUUUGUUUGAGAAUUUAAGAGCUAAAUUGUGGCUCCAAAGCUAACUGCUAAAGUUAACUGUUAGCAUAUUAGCACCACCUAGUAGUGCACCAACAGAUCCCUCUGGUGGUCCCACAGUUUGAGAACCACUGAGGCUUGGCUGAACUAACCCACAUAUAAUAAUAGCAGCAUAACUCAUUCAUAACAACAGCUAAAAAUACUAAAAUCCUUUUUUUUAUUUUACAUUGUUUAAUAUAAAAUUAUUUAUUUAUUUUAUAAUACGUUUCCACUGAAAUGUCUAUGAGGGUUUAAAAAUCCAAAUGUACAGAUGUAAAAAUUAUUUCACAUUAAAAAAGCAUAAAAAUAAACAUAAACAAAUAAUAAAAGUGCUCUAACUCUGCCUAAUAAACAGCGUUCAGUUACUGUGUUCACGAGUGCUACUUUUCUGUUCCACAGAGCAGAACUGAGUGUUUUUUUUUUCCAAGUCAGCUUGUGCUCAUUAUAGCUGCCUGCAAUUGAAACCCUGCAUUUCAUUUACACUCCAAUGUUAUAAAGUGAAAUGUCUCCACAAAUCGGACUUCUUUUACUGGGAAAGUCAGGAGAGCUUCAUCAAUUCUGAGUUCAGAAUUCAAGAUGGCUUCCCCCUGCUUCAACAGUAAUACAAGCAGUAGUAAUACAGCACCCUCUAUAAGUAUUGGCACCCCUGGUUAAGAAGAGUAUUUUUUUUCCCAUGUUUAAGAGUGAGGAUAAGAAAAAUAGGCCUCUGUGUAACACCAUAUUUAUACCCCAGGGAAACAGGAAGUACUCAUUAAAAGGUUCCUAGAUACUUUGAUUCACUUUAUAAACUUUUAAACAGUAAAAAAAGGCAAAAAUGGUUCAAAUACAUUUAUUUCCAAGAAAUUGUUAAGGGUUCCAAUAAUUGUGGAACAGAUAAUUUUAUGAAAAUGUAUUAUUAUUUCUUAGUCAGGAUUUUUCUUUAUUCACUUGAGUUGAAGGUAGCUUUUUUCUAAUUUUAUUCAGAGUGAGAUUAUGCUUCUGCAAUAAAAAUUACAUUUAUUUUAAAGCUUUUAAAACAUUUUAAAUAUGGGUGUCAAUUAUUAUGGAGGUUGCUGUACAGUAUAAACUAUACAGUUUACUAUCAAUUCUACAUAAUCAAUGUCCAAAAUAAAAAUGUGUAAUUCCAAAACAAAAAUCAACUUUACAGGAAAAGAUUUUAAACCUUCUUAACUUUCCAUGAAAGUCACUGUAAGAAAAGUGUUUAUUUCAGGUCUUUUUGGAGGGUUUCUAUUGGUCCUUUCAUCAAGAAAUUAACAGUUUGUGCUUUUUAAUUUAUGUAGUAAACAAACAUCUCCAAAAAUGGAUACUUGUUUUUAAUUUGACAGCAACAAUAUAUGUAUGUCUUAGUGUCUGAUUAAAUAAGUCAUAUACACAGAACUGUUCAAGUUCUAUCUGUAGACAUGUUUCCAUUUUAACCUGGAAAAAUGCUAACAAUGCUAAUCUGGGAAAAUGCUAACAAGAAUCUAGCGCACAAUAAUUGCUAACUGGUAAAGCUAACCGUUAAAACUGUUAGCAAAAAACUGUUAGCAUGGGCAGAAUCGACAACUAAGAAGCUACUACUGACUCAAAUGUGACUUUUUUUUAAAUUGAUGCUUUAUUGAUUUUACAGUUGUACAUUUGUACACAUUUCUGUUUUGAGCAUCAUCUAGUGCACCACCUGGUAGUGCUACACACAUCGCAAAAAAAUUGACACAGGGAGAAAAGGAGAAGAGUGAUUUGGGUUUAUUUAAUGGAUGAUGAUGAAGAUGACGAUGGUGUUGAUAAUCGUGUCCCGGUGCCACUCUAACGAAGUCAAAGAGAGCUCAAACUGAGUAAUAGACGGGCUCAGCAUGAUCAGCAUGUCCGCAAAGAAAAAGAAAUGGGAAAAGGAGAGGCGGAGUAAAAGAGAGAUAGCAGGAAUCGUAGGUAAGAAUGUAUUAUACAUAAUAGAUUACCAUGACAGGCCUGGAAAAGCAUCUGCUGAAGGACCAUAUGCUGAAGCAGGGGCGUAUGCAUGUGCUUCCGAAGGCAAACCUGGAAAACGCGUCCCGAAAGCAGGAGUCUUCGCUGAGGCUGGAGUAGGACGAGCUCGAGCCGAGUGGAGAGUCUGUGAAGCUGAAGCCAAAGGUCCAAAUGCCUCUGCAGGAGUUCACGCUGAUAUUCUGGGUGUCGAGGCCGAGGCUGCAGCUAGUUUAGGACAAGCCCAAGCACAGUUCGGCAUCCUUGAAGCCGAGGUCAAAGGUCCAAAUGCCUCUGCAGGUGCUUACGCUAGUGUUUUUGGUGUAGAGGCCAAGGCUGCAGCGGUUUUAGGACAAGCCCAAGCACAGUUUGGCAUCCUUGAAGCCGAGGUCAAAGGUCCAAAUGCCUCUGCAGGAGCUCAGGCUGGUAUUGAAGGAGUAGGUGCCAUGGCUCGAGCUGAGAUCGCAAGUGCAUCAGCAUCUGCUGGACCAGUUGAAGUGAAGGCUGGAGUGGGGUUUGAUACUGGUGUUUCAAUAAAUCCUCUGAAAUUUUCUGCUGAAUGUAAGGUCCUGGGCUGCGGAUUGUCUCUUGGUGGAAAAAUGUCAGUUUCAUUGCUGGGAAGUGAACUAAGCAUUAAUCUAUGGUAA